AUGGGAAAUAUCAUCCUCGGUGCCGGAGAAGAAGGACUCAGGUUGCUGCCUGCCGUGGUCAGCGUGUCUUUUCUUGUGUACUUCAUUGUGAAGGCAGUGUUCGGUGGUUGCCGUCCCUUUUUACAUCAACUCCGGUCCGAGUGCGGAGAGUUGCUUGGAUAUCCGCCUCUACCACCACUCGAUCCGCCUGAGGCAAGAGAGCCUCCAUUGUCUGUAGAUUCGCCAUCGCUGCUGCAGGUUUUGCUGGAACGCCUGCCGCACCCGCCCAGUGCCCCUCCUGCGCUGGGCGCAUGGCUUAGAGGCCAUUCGGCGAGCGAAAUCCCAGCACCGUCUACUGCCGAGCCGGCAUCUGCUGCGGGAAUACCAACUUGUCCCGUGUGCAUGUUGAACUGGCCAAACGCAGCUCUGGACUGCGGGCAUCGAGUCUGUGCAGCGUGCCUGCCGGAAAUCCAGAGAAGAUCCAACUGCUGUCCUGUUUGUCGGGAUCCCAUCCGCCAAGUGAUGAGACUUUACAACUGA